AAAGAGCCAUCAUCGUGUUAACCAAAACACACACACGCGUCAUUGUGCUCUCACCCCCGACACCAGCAUGUGCAUUGUGGCUCCUGCUCUACGUUCUCAACGCUACCGUUUCCACACGUGAAUGUUACAGGCGAAUAAUAGGCGCCGUGAAGCGUCGGGAUAAUUUAGCAAGCGGAGAACAGCGCGAUUUGAGCUGUGUAUUGAACGAUAUUAGGUGGAGGGGGGGAGGUUAUGGUCGUGUGGUUAGUGGUCUGUAUAGCAAGCCAGCAUUGCAGCUCGUCACUACGCGUGUGUGUGUUGAUUGGCAAGCAAGCCCUCGUUUAGGAUGAAUACGGUACGUGUCGGCUGCGCAGAUUUCUAACUCAUAAUGGCCACAACCCUCGCUGACGCUCAAGCAGCGAGCCAUGGAUCUCAGCGCGGAUGACACGGGCUACUACGGCCGCGCCAGCUCCUUGUCCGCUGCCGGUGCGACAGCGGGAGCGCGAUGCGAGCCCGAGCCGUCGGCGGGGAGCGCCGCGAGAGGGGGGCCCCCUGCGAUCGGCAGUAGGGGGCCCCAGGUUAGCGGCGAGGGCGAAGACGAGAGCGACGUGGAUGUGGACGACGUCGAGCGAGGAGGAGCGCCGCAGGACGAGCCCAUGUUGGGCGUGCAGGAGCAAGGGUGGCCGAUGGAGCAGAAUGCGUGCGACAGCGACGACGGCGAUGAUGACGACGAUGACGACGACAAUGGUUACGAUGGUGGUGGUGUUGGUGUGGAGGAGGCCUCGCGCAAGCCUCAUCUGGAGGCGCCGUCGUGGAGCCGCGAGCUCCGCGAUGUGGUGGUGGCGCCGUUCACGGAGAGCGCCGGUCCCAGUCACGGCCUCCCGCUCGACGCCUCCGUGCUUGACUACUUCAUGCUCUUCUGGCCAGAUCGUCUGAUCGACGUCUUCACUCAGGAAACCAAUCGCUACGCCGAGCAGAAAAUCGCCGAGAGCGGCAAAGCUGACCCGCUCUGGUCGCCCACGACGUCUCGCGAGAUGAAAGCCUUCUUCGCCGUGGCCAUCAUGAUGGGCAUCAAGGACCUGCCGCGCGUUUGGUGCUACUGGUCGGGCAACCCGGCGCUGCGCUGCGAGUGGGUGUCCGGCACCAUGACCCACACGCGCUACUCGAAGGUCAGCCAGUACCUGCACGCGCGCAACAACGUGGGGACGCCCGCUCGCGGCCAGCGGGGAUACGACCCCAUCUACAAGGUGCGUGACGUCAUUUAUGGACGGCCCCAAAGGUGGUUGGGCUUGGUGGUCGUGCUGCUUAUGGUGGUGGUAGUGCUAGUGGCACUGGUGCUGAUGGUGGCAGGGCUCAUGCUAAAGGUGCGCAACGUGGUGGAGGAGGUGCGCGCCAACUUCUCGCGCCACUACUCCCCGCGGCGCGAGCUCAGCGUGGACGAGGGCAUGAUCCCCUUCAAGGGGCGCCUCUUCUUCAAGCAGCACAUGCCCGCCAAGCCCACCAAGUGGGGCGUCAAGGUGUGGGAGCUGUGCGAGGCGCAGACCGGCUACUGCCUCAACUUCGACAUCUACACCGGGCGCUCCGCCUACGGCGCUGCCACGACUGCAGAUGCCGCCGGUGACGGCGGUGGCGCUUGUGGUGAUAUGGCGAGCGGUGGUGGUGGUGGCGCUUGUGAUGGUGAUGGUGCUAGUGGUGCCAACGGUGGUAGGGCUGGUGGUGGUGGUGGUGCUAGUGACACUGGUGCGUAUGGUGGCAGGGUUCAUGGUAGUGGUGGUGCUUGUGGUGAUAUGGCGAGCGGUGGCGGUGGUGGUGACGUUUGUGAUGGUGGUGCCAAUAGUGGUAGGACUGGUGGUGGUGGUGCUACUUAUGGUGGUGCUGCUGCUAGUGGCGCUGGUGCUUUUGGUGGCAGGGCUCAUGGUACUGACGGUGCUCAUGGUGAUACGGUUAGCUGUGGUGGUGGUGUUGGCACUUGUGGUGCUAGUGGUGCCAAUAGUGGUAGGACUGGUGGUAGUGCUGCUUAUGGUGGUGGCAGUGCUAGUGGCGCUGGUGCUUUUGGUGGCAGUGCCGACGGCCGUGGCGGCGCUGGCGCUGUUAACGGUAGAGCUGUUGGUGCUGUCAGCACUGCUUGUGCUGGCGGUGCUCAGUGUGCGGCUGCUUGUGUUUACUCCCGAAGUCAGGGCAGUGCUCACAGCGAUGGGGCUGCUAGCGUCACUAUCCGUGCUGCUCACCAGACAACUGGUGCUGGUGCCGACUGCAGCGCUGCAGGUGCUACCGCCCUUGGAGGUGGCACUGUUGCUGCUUUUGCCCACGGUGCCGCUGCCAUUGCUGCGGGUGCCACACGUGCAGCUGGUGGGACUCUGGCUGGUCGUGUUGGUGGUGGUGACAUCGGUGGUGCUUAUGAUGGUGGUUGUGGUGGCAUCGGUGGUGCUUAUGAUGGUGGUUGUGGUAGCAUCGGUGGUGCUUAUGAUAGUGGUGGUGGUGGUGGCAUCGGUGAUGCUUAUGAUGGUGGUUGUGGUGGUGGUGGCAUCACUGAUGCUUAUGAUGGUGGUUGGGGUGGCAUUGGUGAUGUUUAUGAUGAUGGCGGUGGUGGUGGCAUCGGUGAUAUUCGUGAUGGUGGUGGUGGCAUCGGUGAUGCUUAUGAUGGUGGUUGUGGUAGCAUCGGUGGUGCUUAUGAUAGUGGUUGUGGUGGCAUCGGUGAUGCUUAUGAUGGUGGUUGUGGUGGUUGUGGCAUCGGUGAUGCUUAUGAUGGUGGUUGUGGUUGUGGUGGCAUCGGUGAUGCUCAUAACAGUGGUGGUGGUGGUGGUGGCAUCGGUGGUGCUGCCCAUGGUGGUCUUAGCAGUCGCCCCGCUGGUGCCGAUGACGCUGUCGGCGGUGCUGACGAAGCAGCGGACGAUUCUGGCGUUCGCGGAGCUGCCGGCGCUGCGCUCGCCGGCGCAGGCGGCGGCACUUGCGGCCCCGCUGGUGCCGGUGGCGGCAGCCUUGAUGGACGCACCACAUCGGCUGGCGGCGCUCGCCACCUUGCCGCCGAUGCGAGCGUGACCGCUUGCGGCAUCCCGUCCAACGGCGCCGCUCGCUGCGUCGACGGCACUCCUCCCCGUGGCCUCGUCGAGAGUAGCUCGACUGCUCGUGGUAUCCCCAGUAGCGCUGCUCACAGGAUCGGCCAUGGUAGUGCUCGCAGCGCCGGGAACCGUGUUCCCCUUAGCGUCGUCAGUGUUGCCGCUCGGAGCAUCGGCGGUUACACUUCUCACAGUACCAGCAGUAGCGCUGCUCCAACUGUCGGGAAUUGUACUGCUCAUAGCGUGACUGAUCGUACUGCUCAGAGCGUCACCAAUAGUACUGCCCAUAGCGUCACCGACAGCACCGCUCACAGCACCAGCAACGCGGCUCCUCGCACCACGAUGCUCGCCGCUGUCGCCACCCCCGCGCCGGCGGAGUCCGGCAGCCUGGGCUACCGCGUCGUCAUGAGCCUCACCCGCUCCUACUGGCACCGCAACCACCACCUCUACUUCGACCGCUACUUCUCCUCGCCGGCGCUCCUCGAGGACCUGCGCUCCCGCUGCGGCACCUACGCCUGCGGCACCGUCAGCCUGAGCCGCCGGGGACUGCCGCCGCCCGCCCGGGAGGUCGCGUCGCUGCUCCGCCACCGCGGCGACGUCGCGUUCUUCCAGAAGGGUGGUCUCGUGCUGUCGGUGUGGCGUGACAAGCGCGUGGUGGCGACGCUCUCCACCAACCAGGACCCUCGCAUGGUGCGCCCCGUGGACGAGGGUCCCAUCAAGCCGGCGCCCGUGGUGCACUACAACAGGUUCAUGGGCGGCGUCGACCGCUCGGACCAGUACCGGAGCUACUACGCGGUGGGGCGCGCCUCCAAGAAGUGGUGGCGCUACAUCGUGUGGUUCCUGCUCAACCUGAGCAUCGUCAACGCCUGGCUGCUCUACCGCGAGUCCCCGCACGAGCCUCCCAUGCCCAAGAAUUACGACCACUUCCAGUUCCGCGUCGACCUGGCGGAGCAGCUGCGCGGAGGUCACCGACGCAUGGGGCACCACAAGGGCAAGCGAUCACGCCAGGUGGUGUCCUACGUGAGCGCCGAGAACAUGUCGGCGCACCGGCUGGUCCGCACCGCCCGCGGCAAGAAGGUGUGCCGCCUGUGCUCCCGGCACGGCCGCAAGACGCGCGCCGGGCGCCAGGUGCAGACGUCGUUCGGCUGCGGCAUCUGCGACGUGCCGCUGUGCCGCUUUGGCUGCUUCCGCGACUUCCACCAGGUGUAAAGGGGUUCGCAGGGGGAAUGAGUUGACGGUGGGCGCGUGGAGCGAGUGAUGGUCGCAGGGGAAUGAGUUGACAGUUGAUGCUCAGAUCGAAUGACGGUCGCAGUGGAAUGAGUUGAUGGUCGACGCGCGGAGCGAGUGACGGUCGACGCACGGAGCGAGUGACGGUCUCACAGUGGAAUGAGUUGACGGUCGACGCGCGGAGUGAGUGACGGUCUCACAGUGGAAUGAGUUGAUGGUCGACGCGCGGAGCGAGUGACGGUCGACGCACGGAGCGAGUGACGGUCUCACAGUGGAAUGAGUUGAUGGUCGAUGCGCGGAGCGAGUGACGGUCGACGCACGGAGCGAGUGACGGUCUCACAGUGGAAUGAGUUGAUGGUCGACGCACGGAGCGAGUGACGGUCUCACAGUGGAAUGAGUUGAUGGUCGAUGCGCAGAGCGAGUGAAGGUCGCAGGGGGAAUGAGUUGAUGGUCGACGAGCAGAGCGAGUGACGGUCGGUGGGGAAUGAGUUGAUGGUCGACGAGCAGAGCGAGUGACGGUCGCAGGGGGAAUGAGUUGAUGGUCGACGCGCGGAGCGAGUGACGGUCACAGGGGAAUGAGUUGAUGGUCGACGAGCAGAGCGAGUGAAGGUCGCAGGGGAAUGAGUUGAUGGUCGACGAGCGGAGCGAGUGAAGGUCGCAGGGGAAUGAGUUGAUGGUCGACGAGCGGAGCGAGUGAAGGUCGCAGGGGAAUGAGUUGAUGGUCGACGCGCAGAGAUGAGGUGAAUGAAAGAGAUGACAGCUAGCGAUGGGGGCGAAUCUGUGGUGAUGCGUGAAAUCGGUGAAAGCGAAAUUGAUGACUGUAAAUGAUGAUGAAUGGAUUGAAUGAAUGGAAGAAAUGAGUGAUGACCAUGAAUAUAAAGAGGGAACAGUAGCCUGUUGGU